AUGUUAGAAGCUGGAGAUAAAAUUGCAACAACAGAUGGAAUUCAAGGUUUAUUUAGAAUGGGAGAAGUUUUACAGAAGAAAGGCGAUUUAGAUUAUGCUAUUGAAAAAUACAAGCAAGUAAUAACGGAUUCUGAAAAAAUUGUUGCAAUUAAUCCCGAUUCGAACUUUGAAUUACGAUGGGCUGCAUUAUCUUUAGGAAAUAUAUGUGACAUAUACGAAUUAAAAGAAGAUUGGGGAUUAGCUUUAGCUUAUCGUAAUUUGCAAAACGAUUUUUUGCAACUAAUGACUAAACAAAAUAACACAAAACAAGAAAGUGAUGAAGAAGAGGAUGAUAUGGAUGAAGCUUUUGCUCAAAUAACUACUAAAGGCUCAAGUUUUAUUUCGUUAUUUAAAAAAGCACAUGAAAUAUUCGAAAUGGCAACUCAAAAACCAGAUGAAACCCCACAAGAAAUGCUAGACAGGAUUAACAAACAAAUUAAAAAACAAGAAGAUGAAGAAUACAAUAAUGCUGUUAAAAAACUUAUGGAAAUCACAAGGAAAAACGAAGAAAUCGCAAAUAAGCCAUUAAUAGUGAAAAUGAAAGAUUGGUGCUAUGAUCAUCCUUAUUGGCUUUUAUUCUUCACAAUUUUAUCACUAUUCCUUGCAGCCGUUGUAAUACGCAUUAUUAACAUUUAUAAAGUUGAUAUCAAUAAGUAUAAACAGCGAAAUGCUGAAUUUAAUGCAAAAAUGGCAAAAGUUAUGCAAAAUCGUCCAGAACUUUAG